CCACAGCUGUAAUGGAUGAGCAGCUGCUUACUGCACGGCAUAGCUAGGCUAACAAUAUUGUAUACAAAGAUUCUUGAUAUUAUGAAGCAGUUCCCUAAACAUGUAGCCUACAGAAAAUACACAGAACAGAUCACCAUUGAGAAGCUGGAUAUGGUCAAAGCGGAACCAGAUGUUAAAAAAUUAGAAAACUUGCUUCAAGGUGGUAAAGUAGAAGAGGUGAUUCUUCAGGCUGAAAAUGAGCUGAGUCUGGCAAGGAAAAUGCUGCAGUGGAAGCCAUGGGAGCCACUGUUGGAAGAGCCUCCUGCCAACCAGUGGAAGUGGCCGAUAUGAUCACUGUGUCUGAUGGUUGAUGCGAAUGAAAUGUGCAAUUAAAUGCUCUGUUAUGCUAAA